AUGGUCCAAGUAUCUUUACCGAGCGCUCCAUAUUUGGUAUCUCUUUCGUAUUCGGUCGCGGACGAGUUGGAGAAUAAAUGUAAAUAUUUGCUUAUAGCGAUGAUCGAUUCGGGAUCUCCAAUAAGUUUAAUAAAAAAUGAUUUUGUUCCUGCUCAUGUUUGUACUCCGGUUACGGAAAAUCAGUCUUUUUAUGGUAUUAACGGUACAAAGUUAAAAAUUUUGGGAAUUUUUGUAAAGGUUGUCGUAGAUGAUAUUGAAUUGAAAAUUAACUUUUUUGUAGUACCGAAUACUGCAAUAACUUGUGCCGUCUUACUCGGUAGAGAUUUUACUUUGUCACCCCUGGUUAAAAUAUUGUUAGGAGAGAAAAUUAGUAUCUCGAGAGCAGGCUCGCAAUCGGUUGACAGCGCGGAUUUUUCUAAGCAAAUCUUGCAUGUUUCAUAUAUUGACCAUCCGUCAUCCGUUGCCGAAACGUUGAAUAUCGAUCCGAAUCUUGAUUUCAAAACAACGAAGCGUAUUGAGCAAUUGUAUAAGAGCGAGUACGUUGCAGAAACAGGGGAUAUAAGUCCUUCAAAGAAAAUCGAAAUGACUAUUAACUUGACUCAUGAUCGACUUAUUAGUUUUAGACCGCAAAGACUUUCAUUUGCUGACAAGGAGAAAUUAAGUCAGAUAUUGGACAAAUUGUUGCGUGAGCGGACAAUUAGACCAAACGAUUCGCCAUAUGCUUUUCCGAUUGUGCUGGUACGUAAAAAAAAGCGGUGA